AUGAAUAUAUCUGUGGGUGUUGCAGAUUCAUUGAAAUUCACGUCUGCAUUAUCAGUUGGGCUAGCAGUAGUUUUUCUAGUGAUUGCUGUUGGAAUCUCAGUCUUCAAGAUCAUAGUCGGAGGCAUUGGAAUGCCCAGACUCUUUCCAAUCAUAACUGAUAUGGCAUCAAUUUUGGAACUGUUCACUGUAGUUCCUGUUCUUGUGACUGCCUAUAUCUGCCACCCCAAUGUACACCCCAUAGACAAUGAACUGGAGGACUGCUCUCAGAUGCAUGGCGUUGUACGUACAUCCCUUGCUCUGAGUGCUUCAGUGUACUUGCUGACAAGCUUCUUUGGGUUCCUCCUAUUUGGUGAAGCAACACUUGAUGAUGUGCUUGCAAAUUUUGACACUGAUCUUGGAAUUCCUUUGGGUUCUGUGCUCAAUGAUGCAGUUCGUUUCAGCUAUGCUGCACAUCUCGUGCUUGUAUUUCCAGUUGUCUUCUAUGGAAUGCGUGUCAACCUAGAUUCUCUUUUAUUUCCAUCAUCCAGGCCUUUGACUCAAGAUAACAUUAGAUUUGCUUCAAUUACUGUUACACUUGUUGCUGUUAUCUUCCUUGGAGCAAAUUUCAUACCCAGCAUUUGGGAUAUUUUCCAGUUUACUGGAGCAACAGCUGCUGUUUGCAUAGCAUUCAUAUUUCCAGCUGCCAUCAUUCUACGGGAUCGACACAGCAUAGCAACUAAAAGGGACAAGAUUCUAUCAGUCUUUAUGAUAUUCUUGGCUGUCUUGUCAAAUGCUGUGGCUUUAUACAGUGAUACUUAUGCCUUGAUCAAGAAGAACAAAACUUAUACAUGAAUUCUUUUUUUCUUGAAACUUUCUU